CUUGCUGCGCAGGUCUCCUCGUGAUGACAGCAAAUGACAGCACUGUUCGCUCCUGCUGCAGCCAGAGUGAGACCGCUAACCGCCAACAAACACUUCUUCUGACUCAAGAAAUCCUAUGAUCAGCUGCGUUUAGAGAAGUCGCGACCAACCAGUACAGGCUACUUACGUUUGUCAUUUCCCUCUCUGCCCGUGUGAGCCGGUGAAGAUGGUGAAGCCAGACAUCCACACUCUGGCCCACCACCUGAAGCAGGAGCGGCUGUAUGUGGGGUCAGAGAAGCAGCUGAUCCAGAGGCUCAACAGUGAUGUGCUGAAGACGGCUGAGAGGCUGUACCGGGCUGCCUGGAUUGCCAAGCAGCAGAGGAUCAACCUCGAUCGUCUUAUUCUCACCAGUGCGGAGGCCUCUCCGGCUGAAUGCUGCCAACAUGCCAAAAUGCUGGAGGAUACACAGUUUAUUGAUGGCUACAAGACUCUGGGUUUCCAGGAGACCAUCUAUGGCGAGUUCUUGGCCAGGCUGAGGGAAAAUCCCAGACUGGUUGCUUCCUGUCUGGUGGCAGGAGAGAGGCUGAACCAGGAGCACACCCCGGGCGUCAUCCACACAGUCUUCACCUCACUGUACGGCAACUGUAUCAUGCAGGAGGAUGAGAGCUACCUGCUGCAGGUAUUGCGAUACCUGGUGGAGUUUGAGCUGAAGGAGAGUGACAACCCUCGCCGGCUGCUUCGACGGGGAACCUGUGCCUUCAGCAUCCUCUUCAAGCUCUUCUCUGAGGGCCUGUACUCAGCCAAACUCUUCCUCACUGCCACCCUUCAUGAACCCAUUAUGCAGCUGCUGGUGGAAGAUGAGGACCACCUGGAGACUGACCCAGCUAAGGUGACAGAGCGCCUCACUCCCGCUCAGCAGGAACGCUUUGGAGAGAAAGGCUCCGAGGGCUACAAGCAAAGGGUGCAGGCAGCUGUUGAGGCAAAUGAGGCCAAGUUGGUAGCUCUGGUCAACAAGUUUAUCGGUUACUUAAAGCAGAACACCUACUGCUUUCCUCAUAGCCUGCGCUGGAUUGUGUCUCAGAUGUACAAGACUUUGUCAUGCGUGGAGCGUCUUGAGGUGGGUGAGGUGCGCACCAUGUGUACGGACCUGCUGCUGACCUGCUUCAUUUGCCCAGCUAUAGUCAACCCAGAGCAGUAUGGUAUUAUCUCAGACGCACCCAUCAACGAAGUGGCCCGCUUCAAUCUGAUGCAGGUUGGACAACUUUUGCAGCAGUUGGCCAUGGCUGAUGAUGAUGCAGACCCAAGGCGGAAAAGCAGUUUGUCUAAGUUUGACAAAAGUUGCGUUGCUGCUUUUCUGGAUGUGGUGAUUGGAGGACGAGCAGUCGAGACCCCGCCUAUGUCUUCAAUGAACCUCCUAGAAGGCCUCAGUAGGACGGUGGUCUAUAUUACGCAUAAUCAGCUCCUUGCAUUGGUGGACUUUGUUCGGAGUGUGAUGGCAGGGGACCACCUUCGAGAGGAGGAGCACAUGGCCCUGGAGACCCUGCUGGCAAAUGUGCCCCAGUCACGGACCGUAAAGAGCAACAGCCUGGAGCUCACUCCCUCCAACACCCCGCAGCUCUCCCCAGCUACCACUCCUGCCAACAAGAAGAACAGACUACCCAUAGGACAACACUUAGCCGCUAUUACAUCCUGGGACUCCACAGCCACCACUCUGUCUGCUCACAUUCCAUUAGUAACCCCUUUUGCAGCUGCUCGCAGCCGUAGCCGUACCAACAUUGCCCAGGAGGGGGAGGCAGAGGCCAGCUCCCAAGAGUCUCUGCAGGAACUGAUGCCAGAGGAGGUGCUGGUGAUUUCAUUGGGAACUGGUCCUCAGACUGUCCCUGGGAUGAUGUCAGAGAAUGAGGUUUUGAACUUGCAGAUGGCUGAUGGAGCCCAGGGGGAUGGCCAUGCUGAUGAUACUAAGCUGCAUGGUAAACCAGACAAAACCCUGCGCUUCUCUCUCUGCAGCGACAACUUGGAAGGCAUCUCAGAGGGUCCAUCCAAUCGUUCUAACUCUGUGUCAUCUCUGGACCUGGAGGGAGAGUCUGUGUCUGAGCUGGGAGCCGGACCAUCAGGAAGCAACGGGGUGGAGGCUCUACAGCUACUGGAGCAUGAGCAGGCCACCACACAGGACAACCUGGAUGACAAACUCCGCAAGUUUGAAAUCAGAGAUAUGAUGGGUCUGACAGAUGAUCGGGACAUCUCUGAGACGGUCAGUGAAACCUGGAGCACUGAUGUGCUCGGCAGUGACUUUGACCCCAACAUGGAUGAAGAUCGGCUGCAGGAAAUAGCAGGGGCAGCAGCGGAGAACAUGCUUGGCAGCCUGCUGUGUCUUCCUGGCUCGGGUUCAGUUCUGCUGGACCCCUACGGAUCCACCAUCUCAGAGACCACAAGUGAGGCCUGGAGCGUGGAGGUCCUGCCCAGUGACUCAGAAGCCCCAGACCUGAAGCAGGAGGAGCGACUGCAGGAGCUGGAGAGCUGCUCUGGGGUUGGCAGCACCUCAGAUGACACUGAGGUCAGAGAAGUCAGCUCGAGGCCCAGCACACCAGGCCUCAGUGUCGUCUCAGGGAUCAGCGCAACCUCAGAAGAUAUCCCCAACAAGAUCGAGGACCUGAGGUCAGAGUGCAGCUCAGACUUUGGAGGGAAGGACUCGGUGACCAGUCCAGAUGGGGAGGAGUCAGGCCACGGAGCACACCAUCUGACAUCUCCACCUUCGCAGGCCGAUUCUUUGCUGGCCAUGUUUGAUCCCCUCUCCUCUGGUGAAGGCUCCUCCACUGGAACAAUAGUGAGGCCCAAAGUGCACUACGCCAGGCCCCCUCACCCUCCCCCCGAUCCUCCUAUCCCUGAAGCCAGUGCCCUGGGGCCGGAGACUCGCCACUCUCUUUUCACGCCCCACUGCUUGGCCCAGGCUGAGCUGGAGCACACGAAACAGCGCCACUCCUUCCCUGACAGGCUGGUCCGCAGCCGUAGCUCUGACAUCGUGUGCCCAGGCCGCCGGCCCACAAGUGACCCAGGCCUUAAUCGACGGGUAGCCGUUGAAGAGCGUGACCCUGCCGGGGCCUUCGCCUUAGGACCAUCCUCAUCCCCCAGCAAGGACUCCCUGAAAGGAGAGGUUGAGGACAGGAAAGACAGUGAUGAUGAGAAAUCUGAUCGCAACAGACCGUGGUGGAAGAAACGUUUUGUGUCAGCCAUUCCCAAAGUGCUGUAUUGGACGGCUGAGAGUGAUGUCCCAGCUCCGAUUGCAGCGUUUAGAAAAAGGGACAAACCGGAGAAAGAUGACAUUGCCCAGGAACGUAUCCCACAAGAUGACCCACUGCCCAGGCAGAGCUCGCAAACCCAGGCAGCUGAAGACAUCUUGGACAAGUACAGGAACAUCAAGAGGACCAGCCCAAGUGAUGGAGCCACAGCUGGAGCCUCCUACGACGGUACAGGAGAUCUUUGUGUUGAGGACAGCGUACAUGACUCUCCAAGAGAAGACACUCUGCAGAACAUUUCCACAGAUGACCUCCCAGACUCGGCCAGUCAGACAGCACAGCAGCACGACUCCAAGUUCUCUUUCAGUGAUGCAAAGAAGAAGCUGAGGCUGGCGUUGUGUUCUGCAGACUCAGUUGCUCUUCCCAUCAUGGCUCCUGUAGCAACAAGGAAUGGGCUUCCUGAUCACAUGGACCCUGAAGACAAUGAGAUCGUCUGCUUCCUGAAGGUCCAGCUAGCAGAGGCCAUCAACCUUCAGGAUAAAAACCAGAUGGCACAGAUACAAGAGACCACACGCUGUGUCAGCCGCUUCGAUCCACGCACCUGCAGGAAGCUGCUGGCUGCUAUUGCAGAGGAUUACAGAAAGCGGGCGCCGUACAUAGCUUAUCUAACCAGGUGUCGCCAGGGCCUGCAGACCUCUCAGGCUCAUUUGGAGAGGCUCCUCCAGAGGGUGCUGAGAGACAAGGAGGUGGCGAACCGCUACUUCACCACUGUCUGUGUUCGGCUCCUUCUUGAACAUAUGGAGUCCAAGAUGCUUGACUUCAUUAAAGCGUUCCAGGUUUGCACAGCGGCUGAUGACAAGACAGCAGCGGUGGAGGAUUUUCUGCGCUACUUGUACGGUGCCAUGGCCCGUGAUGCCAUUUGGCAGUAUGCGAGUGAAGACCAGCUGCAGGAUGCCCAGAUGGCUAUCGAGCGCAGCGUUAUGAACCGCAUCUUUAAACUGGCCUUCUACCCCAAUCAGGAUGGAGAUAUUCUCAGAGACCAACUCUUCCACGAACACAUCCAGCGGCUCUCCAAAGUUGUGACAGCAAAUCAUAAAGCUCUUCAAAUCCCAGAGGUUUACCUGAAGGAAGCUCCGUGGCCCUCAGCGCAGUCUGAGAUCAGGACCAUCAACGCGUACAAGACGCCACGAGACAAAGUCCAGUGCAUUCUGCGUAUGUGUUCCACCAUCAUGAAUCUUCUCAGUCUGGCCAAUGAAGACUCUGUCCCUGGAGCGGAUGACUUUGUCCCUGUACUUGUCUUUGUCCUCAUAAGGGCAAACCCGCCCUGCCUGCUGUCCACCGUUCAGUACAUCAAUAAUUUCUACGCCAGCCGGCUGAGUGGGGAGGAGUGCUAUUGGUGGAUGCAGUUCACCGCGGCGGUGGAAUUCAUUAAGACCAUCGACGAUCGCAAGUGAAGCAGAACAGCCACCUGUAUGGGCAGACUGCGGGGGAAGGAGCCGGGAGACUGGGAGACUUCCCAACCAACUGCUCCCUCUGCACAGCUUAGAAAACCUGGCCCUCAGCCUGCUCUUUAUUUGUAUAGCUUGUACAUAGCCAGAGACGUUGAAAGAUUCCAAAAUAUAUAUUACUGUACGUAUGUGGACAAAUCCAGGUUUUAGCCGUGGUGGGAAAAAAAAAAAACGGCCUUUGGGAAGAAUUGGCUGCAUAUUAACUUAGAACCUGAUUUGAAUUUUUUUCUUUAAUCUUUUUGUCUCUUCAGUCAGGUUUCCUUUUGGGGUUUGUGUUAGGAAUUUUAUAUACACACAAUUACCUAUGUGACAUUAAAUCAACAUAAAAGAUAAUCCUAUAUAAAGGGACCAGACUUCCUUGAUGUGAUCACUGAUGUUUUUUUUUUUUCUUCCCCUGGGUGAGAGAGAAGGGCUUCCAAUUAAAUUACAAUACAAUGUUCAUUAAAUGCGUUGUGACGCAGGGAUUUACAGUGAGUGAUAGUUACUGAUGGGAUUUAGUGACUCAUAAACACUGAGAUCAAUUCACAUUAACCGUACCACUCAUAAGGUUAGUGUAUCAAACAGUAGGGCAGCUUAUUUCAUGACUUGUUUACUUCAUCGUAUUCCCAAACAGGCAUCAAUUUGGACACAAGGGCCCACAUAUUUAUAUGAAAUAAAAUGUAUUUAUUUCUGUCAUUCUAUUUAAUGCUUUUGUUUAUCUAAUUUUUACAAAAUGAGAAAAUGCAUAUCAUGCCCAUUCAAGAUGUCUGAGGCGAGUGAUGAUGUUCGAAUAAACUUGCUAGUGUUAGGAAGGCACCUUAGCAGUGAGCAGCCCUUAGGUGGGGAUGCGGGGCGGUUCACAAAUACAGGGUCGUGCACAGAGGAGAUGUGGCGUUCAUGGAAAUAAUGAAAAUAGUGCCUUUGAUGUGGGGCGCACUGUACAGGUAGUUAUUUUUAAUUUCUUUAUCUUUUUCCUAACUUAACAUCGGCAUUAUUCCCCUCCAAAACACACACACACACACAUAGGCACACAAAUGGACAAACACGCACACUCCAAUGGGCCAACUCCGUCUCACUGAGAAACCUUCCCUCAUUGCAGGAACAUGAGCAUCACCACAUCACUGAUUGUCAUGGCUCAGUCCCUUUAAUGCACUUGAGUUUGAACAAAUGUCCCCUUUGGUAUUCUAGAUCCUACCUCAGAGUUGAAACCAAUGAGCCUGAUAUCAGUCUGUACACAGAAGCUGUCCUGCAUUGGUUGACACCAGAGUACUGGAUCGGUUUUGCACUGGUUUUUAAAAACGGUUGAACAGCGAGGGGAACGGAGGAAGAGUUGAUGUUGACCUGCUGUGAUGCUUGUUGCGCUCACUUCACCCUUAAUUAACACAAGCCUUUGUUAGCUGAAGAAAUAAUCACUUUAGUUUCUAAUCUAAUACCUGAGAAUAGCAAACUAUUGGAUAUUGGCUCUCUACCUCCUCAUAAGUUCAAGAAAGGGACUCGUGUUUAUGUGCACUUAUAUUUCUUUUUUUUUUUCCCCAAUUAGACGUACUGUGAUAUCCCAGUGUCAUUGUAUCUUUCCAAUUAUAGAAGCAUGUCUUUAAUUAUCCAGAAAUGACUAAAACUCCUUUUUUCUCUUGAAAUCCUCUGCUUCGUUUUUGCGCACAGAUGUGCCACGUGUAUUAUAGUUUUCAAUAAUCCAUUACUUUUCACGGUAAAUGACCUGACAGCACAAUACACAGUAGGACAGAAGAGCAAAUAAUCAACACUAUUGACUCGUUACUGACUUGCAGUUUAUGUUCAAAGUGGUUGGUGUGUUACGUGAGCGUGUUUUCUUUUCUUCUUCCUUUCUUUUUCUGUCUAGUGUGUGUGUGUGUGUGUGUGAGAUGCUUGUGUGACUGGUUGACCCUCUGCCUCCUCUUGCAUGAAGUCAUAGAAUGGUCUGUACAUUCUCAAUCAUGAUAACCCGUAGAAUAGGAUUACUAUCUGCCACAGGCCAGUAAUUGAACCUGCAAGAGGACGCAAAGCUUCCCUCUUUGUGUCCGUGAUACUUGCAUAUCAGAACUCAAUGAUUUAUUUUGCACAAAAUAGAUGUCUUUUCCUGGGAAAUUUGACAGGGAGCAGCGCAUUUUUUGAAAUGCCAUUUACUUUUGGCCUUUCUAGUCAUCGAACAUAAACACGGCGUGAUUUGAAUAUAAUUUGAGUAGCAAAGUUAAGCACCUGACUGUUACUCCUUCAAGCUGAUGAGCAGUCGUAUUUAUGGGCAACAUCACAAAUGCAUUUUUUAUAUCCGUCUACAGUAGCACAGGGCUCCUAAGCGUACGUGCAGUACACUUCCUUGCAGAGUCGGUGUAAUCAAUUUGAUGAGAAAACCAUGCACUGGAAAAUCAAGUUGCAGGUUGCAUCUAUACUAAUUAGGUUUAUGUGAUGUCACUUUAAUUGGAAAUACAUACUGCACGAAUCUGAUGAAAUUAUUUGGACCUGGCUUGUGUUUCAGUGUUUCCUCAGAUGGCCGACCGUAGCAGCAGCUGCCACUGACCUACCCCCACCCUCCUCUCCUGAAGUACUGAUCAAAAAGCCAAAUUAUUUCCACACAAAAAACAAACAAAUACACGCGAUUGUGUCUGCAACUGUAAUUUUAGCCUUGAUUGUAUGCAAACCGCUGGGCAGUGGUGUGGAGUGGGCAGGCUAAAGAGCUGCUCUGCUCUUCAGAAGCUUUACUGCUCUGCUCCCUGUACAAUUGAGUUGAAAGGCAGAGCAGAUUAAAAAAGAAAAAGUUUUACAUCUUGCAUCUAAUUUUAAAUUUAAUUGUAAGCUUGCACAACUAUGACAUGCGGGGAAAGCCGGUUUGUCUUUACUGUGAUUAAUGCAUUAUGUAAUUCUUUAAAAAUAAUAAAAGAAGCAGAAGUUUU